AUGUCUUCCUCCAAGCCUCUCCACACUUACCACCGUCGCUCCAAAUCAAAAUCCACUGACAGGGUGGAUUUCAAUCCGUCAAUUCCUAGGGCUCCUAGAACCCGUCCCUCUUCCUCUGUUCCUAUUGGAGAUUCCUCUCCUUUUGUGUCUUCUGCGGCUGCCUCCUUCUUUGAUGAGGUUUUCUCGAAGAGAAAAAUUAUUCCUCAGAGGACUUAUCAGUUUGAUGUUGUUCCCUUGGCGGCUCAGGAGUCUGCAAAUCAGAUUUUGGAGCACUACCACCUUCAUGCCCUAAACUCUCUCUCUGGUAAGUUUAAUAUCCCUGUCGUUCAAGAGUUUUACUCUAACUUUCCUGCUGAUCCUAAGGAGUCAAAGUAUCAGAUUUUGGUUAGGUCAGUACCCAUUACUCUGAAACCAUCUGUUCUCAAUCGGGUCUUAGGUCUGCCUAUCAAGUCUUACCUAUCACCUUUUUAUAAAUUUUUGUGGGAUUUUAUCCGUCAUAAUGUUCUCCCCACUGGGAACAAUUCUAAUCCCACUCUUGCUGCCUGCCAACUCAUGAUAUCCAUGGUGAAUCAUGAUAAAAUUCCCCUUGGUGAUAUCCUAUAUAAUGCCAUUCUUGGGAAAACCAUUGGUCAUGGUACCAAGCACAAGGGGACUCUUGUGUUUCCCUGUCUGAUUCAGCGCCUUUGUGAGAAAAAUGGGGUGGUAUUUCAUGAUUCCGAUCAGUGGCAUCCUCCCAUUGCUCCUUAUGGCAAGGCCUCUGCUGCCCUUAGCCAGAAAGUUUCCAGAACCUUUCUCACUUCUGUGUCGUCUUCCUCUGAGAAUGCCUCUCUUAGAGCUCAGCUGGCUGCCAAGGAAGAGUAUAUUUAA